AUGUAUCACAUUACACAAAUUGAAACGUACAACAGAUGCGAUGAAUCACAAGAGCGACAGUCGAGGGAGGCGUCGCGGUGCCUACCAGAUGGAGCUAUCGAAACAGCUCCAGCGCUGUUUCAUCGGCUGGCGGGCAUUCGACAACUUCACCAACAAGCCCAUCCGCCCAGAAGAGGGAUCAGAAGAAACGUACCUUUAAAAUACUGGAACCCCGGGUGGCUCAGUGGUAAGGCUCUGACUCUCUUAUCCACAGUACCCAGGUUCGGAUCCUGGCGAAGGUUGGGACUUUCAUCAAGUGAUUUCUAUUCAGGCCGACUAAGCCCCCUUUCCAACAGAGUACCAGGGUCUUUCCUGAGAGUAAAGACGGCCAGAGCUUUGUGCUCACCACACACACCCCUCCUUGUGGCGCUGGCGCCAAAUAUGGAGCCCUACCUUCACCUCGCCUUUGGGCCACACCGGGCCUGUGUGCACAGGGAUACUGUGUCCCCGCGUCGUUGCGUCGUCCACCACCACUGGGAGUACGUGGUGCGAUCUCCCCAGCUGCCACCUGCCGCUUCCCCCGCUCAGCUGCACUCCUCCGCUUCACAACCCUCUCGCGGCCGUGUUCCCACGCACUCAAGUGGGCGCCCGGGGACGGGGCCCGACGGCCCGCAGUGCCUCCAAAUGCUCCCGGGGGCGGGCGAAACGAGAUCCGCUCUCAAAACUAGAUUUAACGAUUGGAAAAUAGAAUAUUCUAACGUCUCUUUUAUAUUUUGGUAUUGA